GUCCCCACCUCCUCUCCUCUCACCCCCCUUGAAACCUCCAUCGCCUCCACGACGCUUUAACACUCCUUGGUUCAAAACCCUAAUCAAAAACGGUAACUCGCUGGACCGAAUGGAACCACGUCCUCUCGUCGCCGAUUCAAAGCGCAAGGCAUACGACGUCGCCGACGAAUCCUGGAAACUAUCCAAGUGUCAGAAACCCUCGCCGGAAAAAUUCAUGGUCCGACUCGAGAUUUCCUCACCGGAUUACCGCACUCUGUUUGUCUUUUUCUCAGAAGUUCUCGUCCUUUUCUUUGUUCUACUGAAGGUGAGGUCAUCUAUGGUCGAAUGAUCGAAUGAUUAGAGUUUCGAUGUUGUGGGUUUGUCUUUGCAUCUGGCGUUUAAGUCGACUUGGGCUUUUCACGGCUAUUUUUCGGUGGUUGUUUUGCGAUUUGCUUUGUGUGCUUUGAAGGUGUUGUGUGUUUGUUUAUGACCAAAAAUCGGUUGGUUCUUUGUUAACCUACUUCUGCUUGAAAGGGAGAGGAAGUCGGCCACCCCAACCCGACGAAAGGGGUGAUAGCGGCGGCUUAUGGCUGAGGUCUUUAUUCCGAUAACCAGAUUGCCAACGAUAGCGGCUAGGGUUCCAGUUUAGGGGUUUUCAAACCAGAUCAACGCUACUUAUUACGGUUCACCGCGAAUUCAACUCACCAAUUAGGACUAAAUGCGAGAGAUGCGUAAACGUCGAUGUUUAUUGAUACAUGAUCAAAAGAUUGGUCUUCGGGUGCAGCCGAUGUGGUAAGGAAGGCGGGUGGAGCAAUCACGCCAGAGGAAAUAAAGGCGGACCCCCAAAAGUGUCAGAAGUUAGGACAAGAUGUGUCUAUUAAACAUUUUCAGACAGGAGAAGAAGUUUCUUUUGGAAAGAAAUGGGCCUUAUGUUGCAAAAGUAUCUGUUUUUGAGACCAAUAGACUGUCAAAGAACCAUCUAAUUGGGUAUUGUGAGGUAGAUCUGUUUGAUUUUCUUAGCCGGGAUUCAGAUUCUGGCAUUGAAGUUAAGUUAUUGGAUCCAAUGGUGAAGUUGGCAACAUAUAUCUUUCAUGUUCUAUCGAGGACCCUACUGAAACAGAGAAAAGCUUUGCAAAGCGCAUUUUGUCGAUUGUUACAUGUCUAAGAUCAUCCUCCAUCUUUUUGCUAAAUUAAACUCUUGUUUUGUGGCUCAAACAUCAAGAUUCAUGCAGGCAUAUAAGCUAUUGGCAAAGUGAAAAAGUAUGCAGAAGGUCAAUGACAUUUGAUUUGUAGCUCAAAGUAGAUGGAAGAACAUGUUCAAUUCAAGAAGUUAUUAUCAACGGAUGAUGACCUGAAUAAGCUUUAUAAAAGUACGUUGAAGGUCAAUGGCGUUUGUAUUGUCAUACAUUUUUCAUGGUUAAUGUUUAGUGUUAUAUAACCAUCCCCGCCGCAACGUGGAUUGGCUUAUGUUUACCCUUUGUAUACAUUAUAUGUCUUAAUUUGUAAGCCCCCGACCGCAACGCGGCGGGUGGUGUUCCAUAUUUUUAUAUAAAUCUAGCCCCCCGCCGCAUCA